UCGAUCUUAUGAGGGCCUGAAAAUGGCCCUCCGUUUCAGGCUGAAAAGACUCAGGGCCUGGAGGGCCCUGUUUUAGGCUGAAAUGACACAGGGCCUGUAACUGCAAUCUACACAACCAGCUAGAGGCUCGGCAGGGAACGCGAGAGAUGGGCGAUAAGAGCGACACGGAUGACUGGGAGGAGGGAGGAUUGGAUGACGGCGAAGACAAUUGCGGCGACAUCACCAACAAUACUAAGGACAACAACAACAACAACAGCAUCAAUAACAUCGGCGUCAACGACACCAACAGCAACAACAACAAUAACAACAACAACAGCGGCGACGGCGACAACAACAAUGACGAUGGCCGCAGUGAAGAUGAUGACGGUGGCAACGACCAUGGCAACAGUAACAACAACAUUAAUAACAGCAAUGACGACAGUACCAAGGACAACAACAACAACAUCAAUAAUAUCGGCGUGAACCAUACCAACAACAAUAAGGGCGACAGCGACAACAACAAUGACGAUGGCGGCAGUGAAGAUGAUGGCGGUAGUGACGACCAUGGCAACAGCAACAACAACAAUAACAAUGACGACAACAGCAACGACGUCCACGGUGGCGGCAGGGUUGAGAGCGGUGUCCGGGCAUCUCAGGUCAUCAUAGCCACGAUGGGAGUGAUGCCGCAUUGCCAAGCGGACGCGGUGGGGAUUGGGGAUGACAACAACAACAAUAAAGAUCAUGGCGGCAGUGGCGAUGACGGCGACAGUGACGACCACGGCAACAGCGGGGCAGAGCGCAUCAGCAUGAUGGGAGAGAAGACGCAUCCUGACGUGGUGGGGAGUGGGGUUGACACAGAUAAGAGGCUUACCAAAUCUCCCCCCUUCCCCCCCUUCAUCCUCGUUGUCUGGCUCAGGAUUGGAGUAGGAUAGUCGACGUUGAUUGGUGUUGCCCGGCCCGCAAUAUCAAUCAACUUCGGAGUGCUGAUUGCCCCCUGGGAGGGAGGUGGGCUGGUUAGGGAUUAGUUUGCAGGCGGUCAAUCCUUCCCUUGCGCAGGGAAGUAAUCAAUGCCCCUGCUCUCUUCGGACAAUGGGUAUAGGGACAGUCCCACAUGUUUUUGCAUAAUGAAAGCUGCACUUGCCG